UGCUUCUUCGAAAUGGUUUCCGCCGUCCGGCUCGCUGGUGCUGUUGCGACGGGAGUUGUGAUAGGUGGAGUGGCGGCUAUCUAUGGCGGGGCUGUGAAAGCCGCAGUGGAUUCCAUCAGCACCGGGAUCAAGGAAGCAGCUGAGGCGGGGGGCGGAGCUCUAGGGAAAUCCCUGGAGCUGAAAGAGGCCCUGGCAGAAGGAGGAAAGGCGCUGGAGCUGAAAGACGCCCUAGCAGCAGGAGGAAAGUCGCUGGAUUUUGGUGGAUCUCUUGGGACGGGGCUGUGUGCCCAUGGCCUCAAUAGCGUUGGCCAGGGGAUCAGCUCGGGCCUCAAUGGCCUUGGCAAGGGGGUCGGCUCUGGCCUUAAUGGCAUUGCCAUGGGGAUCGGCUCGGGCCUCGGCUCGAUUGGCGUGGGGAUCGGGAUUGCUGGCAUCGUCAUUGGGCGCGGGAUCUGCAAGCUUGCGGCUUCACAGAAGACCCUCGUCGAGAAGCUCGUCUCUGCAGUGGUCGUGCGCUCGGAGCCGGACAGGUCAGGCUCCGGAAAGCUCUCCAAGACGCAGCUCAGCUCCUCCGGCAACCCUGGAGAGGCACAGCUCGGCCUCUCCAACCCUGGCGAGGCGCACGCUCAGCUCUCCGACCCUGGCAAGGCGCACGCUCAGCUCUCCGACCCUGGCAGCGAGAUGUGAUGGUGGAUCAAAGAAAGGCGGACUCUCUCUCGAUCGGUUCUCUCUCUCUCUCUCUCUCUCGCUCAGGUCUUCCUUUUUUGUGGAAUUCUCAAGAAUUCGUCUUUUUGUGUAGACUGAGCUGCUAGCAAGUUUUCUCUGUGUCUUUGCUGGAACAGCAGGCACACUUUCGGAUCGUCACAGAAUCGUCGUUGUUAUAGAGUCUAGGAUGUAAAAAUGUUAAAUAUAUACCAGAAUGUAACGAAUCUUGUCUAU